ACCUCUCUGUCUGCAUUCAUCUCAGAAUGAGUCGUGAUGAAGAGGCCAAAGCUGGCGGUGCUGUUCCUCUUCCUCUUCUGCCUCCUUGUUUACCUGAUGUUUGUCAAGCGUCACUACUCCUUUAACAUGCCUGAAACCUUCAGACCGCCUCCUCACCCAAGGCCUGGCUUUGAUAGACCCUCGUUAGAGGGGCAGAGCUUCCAGUAUGGCAUCAUGUUUGGCGGGAGCACCGGGACCAGGGUCCACGUCUUCAAGUUCCACAUGGACCACAAUGAAGCCCCUAAACUGGCUCAUGAGACGUUCAAGGCCAUCAAACCGGGUCUGUCUGCUUACGCUGAUGCUCCAGAGAAGGUAAGAACUCAGAUUGCUGAGCUGUUGGAGGUUGCAAAGUCCAGCGUCCCAUCCUCAGUCUGGAACUCCACCCUGUGGUCCUGAAGGCUACAGCGGGGACUCCGCCUACUUCCAGGAGAGAAGGCCACCCACCUGCUGGACACGGUGCGGGCGCUGUUUGCAGAGUCCCCCUUCCUGUCUGCAGAUGACAGUGUGUCCAUCAUGGAUGGCACUGAUGAAGGGAUUUCAGCCUGGAUCACUAUCAACUUCCUCUUAGGUGAGAAUUCAGAGCCCCACUCGCCCACUGUGGGGAUGCUGGAUCUGGGAGGGGGGUCGACUCAGAUCACCUUCAGCCCCCGGGGGAAGAAAACCAUCCAGAUGUCGCCCAUCGACUUCAUCCGAUCUUUUCAGAUGUUCAACAACACUCACACGGUCUACACUCACAGUUACCUGGGUCUGGGCCUGAUGUCGGCUCGUAUCGCUGUCUUGGGAGCCGUUGACUCUUCUCCCUUAGGGGUCAGCACUGAGCUGGUCAGUCCAUGCCUGGCUCCAGAGUACUCGGGCAGGUGGGAACACAGUGACGUCGUGUACACCGGUCAGAGGACAGAAAGCAGCGGGUACGAGGGCUGUCUGACCAAAGUGGAGAAGGUUCUGUACAGGAAAGUGAUGAAGGCGGCGGAGGCGGCGGAGGCAGACUACUACGCCUUCUCCUACUACUACGACCGAGCAGCUGACCUCGGCGCCAUCGAGGAGAUGACAGGAGGAACCAUCACCGUGUCUGAGUACAUCAACGCUGCUAAAAGAGUGUGCAGUGGACUGUCCGUCAGUCCUGUGCAGAGUCCGUUCCUCUGUCUGGACCUGGUCUACAUCUCGGUUCUGUUGCAGGAGCUCGGUUUCCCUCCACACAAACAGUUCAAGUUGGCCAGAACCAUUAACCAGGCGGAGACCAGUUGGGCUCUGGGAGCCACGUUUCAUUACAUCGAGUCCCUGAAGAGACACUGAGUCAAACCAACCACCUCCUCCUCCUGGACACUGGCUCACUCCCGUUGGCUGCUUCAUGGUACCAUGUGACCUUCCGUACAGGUGGGAAUGUGGAGUCUAGUCACCUUAGACCUGGACCUCAGACCAGAUCCAGAACUGGGAUCCAUAACUGAUCCACAGAUCAGUUUAUAUUUUUGACUUCUAGGUUCACUCCAAGGGCUCGACCAAAUAACAAUCACACGUACACGUAUGUAGUUGUACAUGUAUGCAUAAGUAUAUGUACAUGUACAGUAUGUAAACAUGUACGUGUUAGUUUUUAGUGUUAAAGGUCAAAACAGGCCUCGGUGUUUGAUGGGUAUCUGAUGUCAGAGUCAGUUUCUCUGGCCUGAUGUGUCGAAUAAAGGAUCUCGGGAUUUCUGGAUAUUAAAUCUUUUUUAGAUUGUUACCACCUGAGUAUAAUUUACAACCUGUUUAUAAUCUUUAGUAAAAACUGUUAUGAAGGUUCUGCCAUUUUAUUGGUGAUUCAAACGCAUCCAUCAUCUUUGAACGCAGUUCUAAGUGACUCCGCCUCUCAGGUGAGGAUGGGACAGGUGAAUUAAACGUCAGCCAUAACAGGUCAUCACAUGUUUAACAGACUGACCUCAUAGAAGCAGGUUUUACUGUAUUUAUCAUCGUAUUGAGACUGGUUUAUGUAAUAACCUCAGUAUGAUUCACAUCUGAUUAAACUGGAAUCUGCCGGUGCCAAAAGCAUGGAGCUCAUUUCCUGUUGAAACAAACAAAAAAAAAACCUGUCGUAGAAACUCAGCACAAUUCACCGACAAACAAAUAUGAAGAACAAAUCCUACGUCACAUUGACUUUUACUGUCUUUUAAUGACGGGAAAAUUCAACAUCUGAGUGAAGGUUCAGAGUUGGUGCAGUGUUCUGUUUAACAGACUCACAGCGCCACCUGCUGCUGUGAAGGUGAAAUAAUUGCCAGAAUAUCAACAGAAACACAUUGAAGGAUUGUGACGAAUCAUUUCUUUUUUUUUCUCUAUAGUUUGUAUUUUUUUUUUUUUUUUAAACCUUUGUUUGUGAAAUGUAAUAUUUAGACUCUUUUGUGUGUUGCUGAAUCAUCCGACAGACUUGGUAUUAGUCGUAGUUUUGUUUUGGAUGGUAAAUGAGCUCCACAUGACGAUAAUGUGACGACCGCUUCAGUUUUUCCUGAAACACUGAAUGUUCAGAUGUUCAGAUCAUGACAUUACAGUAAAGGAGUGAUUUCUGAAGAGUCGCUGAAGCGUUGGUCUGUGAUCAGACCAGUUUAUGUACUGUUAAAACUCCCAUUUCAUAUUACAGGUUUUCUCCAUUGGUUUGGCUCGAUUGUACUUGUCAAUUUGAAAAUGUAAUUUCCGUUUCAAGAAAUGAGCCAAACCAAUGGAGAAAAACUGUAAUUCACGUGAACUUGGUCUCGUUUUCUUUUGUUUUUAAAAGCCAAAGUUUUAAAGAUGUUUUUAGUAAAAUGUGCAGUUACGUCCACAUCAGAUCAGUGUUUCCUGAUGAACUGAAGGGAUUUAAUGAACAUCAACGGUACCUUUACAAUAACAGAUUGGUCAUUUAGUUCCAUGUGAAUGUAAUUUCGAAACAGGUGUUGACAUUUCUCAGGUAACUUCACUCCAUAUCUUUUGUUCUUGGUUUUUUUCAAAGGUCUUAGGUCGUUUGUUUCUGUCUCUGACCUCUGACCCUUUAAAACAGUUUGUAACGGACAGCAAGUCUGAUUGUUUUGUACCAUUUGUACAAAAUUUAAUGUCUGUAAAGUCAAAUAAAAUCUGUUGGAUUAAAUCUGAUU